ACUCACCAUUAUGAUACAUCGUUUAUUCCUUUCCUAUCCUAACCUAACCCGUCAAACUUCGCGACUUCCUCGCGAAGUUGUCGGUGAAUCGAAACCGAUCCCACGGACUUCGCUCGAGGACGAGAAAGGAGAGGAAGGAUACGAGGACGGUCGACGCGGGAACUAUGUUGCGCGGUUUCGCUUUAAAAUGUCUGGAACCCAUUAGAGAAAAUUCCCUGUCGUAUGUAAAUUCAUUCGCGUACAUGAUGAUGAUUCUCUAAUUAAUUAAAGAUAACCUCACGAAUGACAAUAACCACAAUCCGUUGUUGUAAAUGACGUUGUUAAAAUUCGAUGAAAUUCAUCCCCCGUCGUGGCAUCAUUCGUCAUUGAAAUGUUUAUUCUUUCAACAGAGAUCUUUGCAAUUGGAAAUUCUACGUCUAAUAGAAUUUAUCUUUGACAGAUGCACGGCAAUAUGGCGUAACAAACAAACGGUCAUAAUUCCUUACCGCCAUUACGAAAGAUAUCGUCGAAGCGGUGAUGGUCGGAAGAGGGAAUGGUUCGAGGAGAGGUCGGCUGCCAAUCAAGAGGAGUAUUUUAGAAAGGUAACGGCCAGACAAUUGAAGGAAAUACGCGAGCGUAGCAUAAAAAGGAGAGCCGAGUGUGAGGCUGAGUGUAAAGAGAAAUGUGACAAGAAGUGUAAAGAGGAGUGUAAAGACCAGGAGGAUAAAAUGGACAUCGCGCCUACAUCGAAAUCUAAAAAAGCAAGCGAUGCUCCUAUAAAGUGCAAUCCGCAUGAUGACUCGGCAUGCAAUCCUGAGAGUUCGCAAUCGAGCGAUGUUCCUAUCGAUAGUAGCUGAAUAACCUCGCCGAAAAAACCUGAGAUUCCAAAUGGUUGGCCAGUCUCAUCGCGGAAAAUCCGUGAAAUAGGAGGAUCCUAUGAAUAAGGGAAAAAAAAUUUGUAAAUAUUAAUCUAUGGGACGAGAAAAUAAAUAGGGAAAUUUUUAACUUUUAUCUAUAUGAAAGAGAUAAACAUGUUUAUAAUAUUUUGAAUAUAUAUAUAUAUAUACACGAGAUAUAUGUUAAUGUUGCAAAAAAAUAGGAAUGAAGCUUUGAUGAUAUAAUUAGAAGUAAAUAUUUCUCUAUACGCUCGUCACUUUGCGAAAAAGAUCGCAUUUUGUUGUUUUUUUUUUGACUCACGUUAAUGGCAGCCACCCUUAUGUUAUGCCCGUGUAGAUCGUGCCUGCGUUGAUACAAACCAAGAAAAGGUCCUUGGAAUCCAUGACUCGCAUUCCACAUACCGAACGUCAUUGACCUCAGAUAAUCCUCUUUUCCGAUUCGAUACACGUCCUGAAUUAUCUCAGUUCCUUGUGAAUCUCUUUGAGCCACCAUAAAAACACAAUCGAAAGGUAUGUAAAC